UACACUGUGUUGAAAUCUCAACCGGAUAAAAAGGGCAAAUAGCCUACGUGAGGGAGUUAGACAAGAGAUUUGACAGGGCUCGUUCUACAUCUAUUCGCUUCUGAUUUUGACGAAAUGAAUCUUCGGUGCCUUCUUAGCAUUGCGUUCGCUAUCUGCUGUUGUCAUGGCGCCCUCUCGUGCCCAAACCUCUGUAAUUGCUAUUUUGGCCAGGACUCCACAGAGGUAAUAUGCCACAACAUACCAAUUUCUGUCUUUCCGGCGAGAGGUGUGCCGGGGAACACCACCCGUCUAACCAUUCAGUAUACCAAUAUUACUAAAAUUACCGGAGAGGACCUUCGAGCCACACCGCUACUUAAAGAGCUCCACCUGUCGAACAAUAAACUCAGGAACCUGUCAACAGACAUGCUGAUAAAUCUCCCUCAUCUUCACACCAUAGACCUUACAGGUAACCAGCUGAGGGAUCUUCCAUCUCGAGUGUUCCACCACGCCCCACUUGACAGCCUUGCACUCAAAAACAACCUCCUCUCCAGGGCAGAAGCUGAUUGGCUGCCCAGUGACAGCAACCUCACCUGGCUCGAUCUGUCAGGUAACCGCUUCCAGAAGAUUCCUGCGGGCCUCCUCCAGAAUCUGGGCCGCCUGAUCACCCUGGACCUGUCUGAGAACAAGCUAGAGGACCUCCCUGCUGGAGUCCUGGACCUCUUGAACCUCCUGGAGAGGUUGUCUCUGCAGAACAACAAGCUUCGCUUCAUAGACCCCUUGGCCUUCGACACCACAUUCGCACUGUCGUAUCUAUUUCUGCAACACAACCGCCUGGAGAAACUGGCCCCGACUCUCUUUCAAACAGUGAAGGAGCUGAGGUAUCUCGAUCUUAGUGGGAACCAGCUCCAUCACCUUCCCGCUGGAGCCCUGGAUCCCAGUGUCAUGUUUGUGGACCUAGGGUUUAACCCCUGGCACUGUGACGCCAAGAUGGACUACCUGUGGAGGUGGGAGAGAAAGUCUAUAGAGCUCCACCAGGAAGAAACCAAGGCUGUGUGCUCUCUGCCAGUGAUGCUGAAGGGAAGACCACUGGCAACCCUGAGUCCUGAGGAGCUCGGACUGAAGAUAGACUAAGAGAGGAGAGUGGAGACUGUGAUGAAUUGACAUCAAGACACUCUUGUCAAGAUGGUACACACACUGUGGCAGCUAGCUAAUAUCCAUCAUUAGCUGCAGUAGCUGCUAAACUGUUACUUGAUUGCAUUUGUAUAAAACAAAAAAUGGAGGAAA